AUGCCUACCGAAGCCGGCCACAGAUUUGCUAGGAACCUGGUCAUUUCGGAAACGAGACCAGAGAAUACGACGUACCGAGCAAGGACUGACGAGAGGAAUCGCAUUAGGGGUCGCCACCUGAGCUAUCAGCGUGGCCGUCACACCACCCACCCCAAGACCAGCUUGAUCAAGAUCGAGGGUGUUGAUGACACUGCUGCUGCCAACUUCUACCUCGGCAAGCGCGUCGCCUAUGUCUACCGCGGCCAGAAGGAAGUUCGCGGCACCAAGAUCCGCGUGAUCUGGGGCAAGGUCACCAGGCCUCACGGCAACUCCGGCGUUGUCCGCGCCAAGUUCGCUGCUCCCCUCCCCUCCAGGUCCUUCGGUGCCUCCGUCCGCAUUAUGCUCUACCCCUCGUCUAUCUAA